AUGGAACUUAUCCACCAAUUUCCAUUUACUGACCUUCCAGUUGAGCUUGCCUUCAUGAUCCUCGAAUAUGCCGCGCGACCAGCCUUUGAUCAGGCUGACCUAUAUGAUGCUAGAAAUCCAUAUUCAUCUGCACUCACACUCUGUUAUGUUUCAAAACUUGUCAGGCGCGUCGUGCUUCCCGAACUCCUGCAUACCAUAUUGCUACCGGACUUUCCACACGUAGAAAAGUUCGUGCAUGCUCUACGUAUGCAGAAAACGUAUGGGGAGAAAGAAAACGACCUCCAUUUUGAGUACGCACCUCGUGUGCACAAGAUCUGGAUUGUAUCUCAUGGCGGGAGUUCCACGCCAGCUCAUUUGUCCCACACACCCCGAGCUCAUGCAUUAAAACCUUCUCAACCUCCGCUCGACAUUAGCCUCCUAGCUCCGAUACUACUCGCUGCACCGUCCCUUGCCCUCGGCUGGACAAGUCUGGACCUUCUCAUAGAAUGCCUUGAACAUGCAUGGAAGUUUCGUGCAACCACAAAUUUCAACAACGAACAUUCCCUUCCUCCCUGGAACACACAAACUCUGACACUAUCGUGUACGCCCCCCGCCACCGGCCCACGGUGGGAGCGUCUCACGAGCACUCCUCAGGGAUCUGCUUUCCUUGGUUCAAUAUCUCAUCUCUCGACCAACCCAUACGUAUGCGACUACAAGUCUCAUACGACGAACAUAUGUGGAAACUACCGCCUGCCCCAGUGGAUGGAGAUGACUCCAUGGGCUUCUUUCAAGAAUCUUAAAACCGUCUUCCUGCCGUACCCGCGUAUCGAACCUUCUGCUGAUCCAUUUGCGUUGAUCUUCACGGGAAUCGACUCAUACGUGGAACUGCUGACGUUGUCUGCAUCCCUGCUGAGGAUCGCUAUGACUGCAUCCCCAAGGAAAUCAAAGGAUUUGCAGAGAUUGGUCCUGGAGAGGAGUGUAUUCGAUCAGAGGAUAUUCGUUUAA